UCCUUUCUAUCCCGUUCUUUUUUCUUACAAGGGGAAGCGAAGUCCUAAAAUCCAAAUUCCAGUAGCCGCACAAAGCCAAAGAUGGGAGAGUUUGAUUUUGAUGAGAGAACAGAGGAUUUAGCGCUCAAAGCCCUCCAAAGCCUAUCUCUUUAUCUCUCUCUGUCGCUCUCUUGCUUUAUCAUCACAUCUUCGUGCUGUUGCAAGGAUCCAUCUUUCUCCUCUUUUGCUUCAAAACUUGUUUUUGUAGUCAUAAUACAUUAACGAUACAUUCUACAAGGCUUGUCAACUCGUGUAUUCGACCAAUCCAACCUUUAACUUUAUUUCUUAUCUACCCUCGUCUCUCUGUUGCAUCUUCUUAAAGGCAGAGAAGUAUGGAGUUUUUAUAUAAUCAGCUCGCUAAGGCUUCCUGUAAGGAGUCUCUUAAAGUUCUAGAGGCUGAUAUACAGCACGCCAAUGCUUUAGCAGCUUCUAUUCCCAGGGGAAAAGGUGGUGCAUGUCUUCAGAUGAAAUUGGCUUACAAUCGCUUGACGCCUAUAUUUCUACUUUUGCUUCAAUGGAUGGAUUCUUCCUGUACCUGUCUACUCCCAAGAUAUCUCAACCUUUUCCACAUACUUGUAUAUAAGGUUUACGCAGAUGGUCGAUCAAAAAUUUCUUCACAUGGAAGGAAAGCGACAAUUAGGGAAUUCUAUGCUGUUAUAUUACCCUCUCUUCAACAGCUCCAUAAUAAGUCAGUUGAGUUGGACAUAACUCAAGAAAAGAGUUCUCGUAUGGAAAUAUUUUUAAGGAAGGUGGAAGAGAGGAGAAAGCUAUCGGAUGUGGAUUUAGAGAGAGAAGAUGAAUGUGGGAUUUGCAUGGAGCCAUGUACUAAAGUUCUCCUGCCUAAUUGUUGCCAUGCAAUGUGCAUAAACUGCUACCAUGACUGGAAUACAAGGUCAGAGUCCUGCCCUUUUUGUCGGGGAAGCAUAAAGAGAGUCAAGUCAGGAGACUUGUGGGUUCUCACUAGUCAUGGUGAUGUGGCUGACAAAGAGACGGUAGCCAAGGAGGACCUGUUGCGCUUCUACCUCUAUAUCAAUCAGCUUCCAAAAGAUAUUCCAGACACCCUUUUCUUAGUGUAUUAUGAGUACCUAAUCUGAUCAAGGAGAGGCCAGAAGCAUGAUGUACAGAAAGUGCCUCACCUGAUCAGUGGAAGAUGGGAAGAAUGAUGUACAGAAACAAAAAAGGAAAAAAGGCAACCAUAUAAUGUAAAUAUAGUCUGGUGAAAGUAUGACUCUUCCUCUUUUCAUUAUAAUUAAAUGAAAUUCAUUUCUGUUGAUUGUCAAAACAAAGUGUAAAUAGAGACGGUUGAGGGAAAAUUCCAUAGUUUCUUAAGAUCCCAACCAACUUUAUUCUUGUUUACCAUCCUCAUCCAAAGGGUUCAAAACAGAGUGAAUAACA